GAAGCGUGACCUUAUUUAUUUAUUGGCUCUAAAAUAAAACAGCGCUAGUACAUAGUUUACAUUAUCUCGGAGAGUUUGUAUACGCAUAAACUGUUACCAGUAAGUGGCAUAAAAACCGGCAGGAAGCCAAAUUUAAGUGAGGUCGGGGCGCGCAAGAAUGAAAUGAAAAUAGCAAAACCGAGUCGCGAAGUUCCGCUAAAUAUAGCUGGGCGGGCGGCGAACGCAGCGCCGCGCGCGCCUCUUCGCUUUGUUCACGCGCUCUCUUAUUGACAAUUCCUUUAUAAAAUACAUUUACUUCACCUAAACUGUUCUCAUAAUUAAACAACACGAUAUUGUUACCAAAAGUGAAUAAUGAUAACGAGAAGUGCUUUGAAGUUGUCGAAAGUGUCUCGGCAACCGUGUUCCAAAUAAAGGCUAUUAGGUAUGUCCUAAUCUGCGAGUCCUACUUCUGGAGUACACCGUUUACAGCUAUCACAUACAAUUCCGCCAGUGCGUGUAAUGAGCGGAGAGACAGAGGCGUGUGAGGCAGAGAUCGGUCGCGCGCGGCCGUUGUCGGCGGGGCUGUGGUCGCUGCUGGGCUGGCUGCGGCGCGAAGAGCGCUCGAGCAGCAGCGACAGCCUGUCCAGCGCCGGCUCCGACCGCACCGCCGUCAGCUUCGCCUUCCUCGCGCCACCGCCGCCGCGCAACCGUAACUCGCCUCUGCCUCCACCUCUCGCGCCUACGACCGAUUCCUACAAGAAAAGAGUACGCGAUCGUGAUCUACGACGACAGCACGAUCGUGAUUUAACUCUUCAUCGCAAAUACGGCUUGUACUACGGCUACGACGCCUUUAGCUUGCCGCCGACACACAAAAACGAGCGCGACCGAGAGCGACGGGCCAACAGUGAGAGUCUCCCACGCCGCACCGCGCACGUGCCGGGCAAACGCCGUGCGCCGGCACCACCGCAGCGUGCCCAUUCUGUAGCAUCGUCUUCAUCGCUCACACGUCGUCACAGCAGAAAACGACCUGCACCACAGCCCCCAAUUAUUUUUUUAGAAAAAUCUAAAGAAAAUAAUCAAAUUAGGUUAGUGGAAUCUGAUUAUUCUAUUCGAAUGAAUCCGGAAUCGGAUCGUGAUCGUGAUCAUCGUCUACUAUCGUCUUUCAACACCCCGAAUGGUUCUAAGUCGGAAAAAUAUACUAAAAAGGAGAACGGUACAAAAGAAGUCAAGAUUAGAACAGAGAAGAGUUUCCUGAGACAAUUUUUUGAUAGCAAGAAACGAAAUUCUGCCGUAGAUUCAGCACCGGAAAGAAUUUUACCGAGCAUAAGUGAAUUAGACAAAGAAGCUGCCGAAAUAAUAGAAUCACGAAAGUUGAAAGCUGUUGAACAGAACAAUAAUUCAACUGAGAUGCCUCCGCCACAAGCUGGAACAUGGUUUUGUACUAGAUGUUUAAGAAAAUAUGAUUCUAAAAUACCAAAUUGUCAACAAUGUUUGCCAGAACAAAAGAGAUUAAGUGGUUGGUUAACUAACGACAGUUCUAAGAAUGUGGCAUCCACAACAUCCAAUACUUGUACCCAAACAGAAAAGGAAGCGACAAGUGCAGCUUGUAGUAGUAGAGUGAGUGGUGUUGGAGCAGAGGAAAAGCAAAAACUCAAAGAAAUGCUGAAAGAGAUGAAAGAUUCUCUUCCAAAAAAGGCCAAAUCUAAUAACAAUAGCAAUGACAAAGUUAUAAGUAAAAAUGUUUUUACUUUCGAAGCAAAAGAUAAUAAUAAGUCAUUGGAAAUGUCUACACUUCGUAUAGGAUCUACAGUUCAUAAGGACGACGUGAGUGUACUGCCGACCCAACCUUUAAAACAGAUUUCUGAUGUGGGAAAUACAAAAGUUGUGGGUAUUUUUCCUAACACUCGAUUAAUACAAGAUAAUGAACCAAAGCCAAUGACUGAGAAGGUUGUCAUAACACAACAUGUGGUUUUAGUAGGUCCACAAGCAAAGGAGAACUUAAACAUUUCUAAAACAAAUAGUACUACUAGUGAAAAUAAAGCUCCUCAACAUAGUAGUUCUAUUACCCCUCUUGGCCAAAAAGAUGACGUGAAAAGCUCUACUACAAAUAUGGCUAACGUUGAAACAAAUAAUAUACAUGUACCACUAAAAAUAUCUUCGCUGCUGAAUCCAGUGUAUAUUCCAAAAACAAAGACAGAAUUGCAGAGAAGUUCGUUUUUAAAUCCAGUAGAUACAAAGGAAAAUGUGCAGCGAACUGAAAGCUCCGUAAUACCGUUAACAAUGACGAAAGCCUUACAAAGCGUUGCUACACCAGGUGGGGCAUCAACGUCAAAAUUGACGGAGAAUUCUUUAGUAACAAAUCAAAUAAGACUAAAAGCUGAAAAACAGAAUCAAAUUAAAAAAACGAAGGAGCGUACAUCGGAAAAAGAAAAGAUAGAAAAAGAAUUACCUAAGACGAAUGCAUUACCGUCAGUGGCAACGACUUUAAGCACUCCCCCUUCAACUAGUUCUUAUAAUACUUCUGAUACAAAAAAUACAAAUUCUAAUAUGGUAAAGUUCACAGUAGAUCAACAUUCGAGGCGAAGAGAUUUGAUCAAUCAACUUGAGCAGUCGAUAGCGAAAGGAGAUGAGCGAGCAGCUGCGGACGCAGCCGUUAAAUUGGCGCAGCUUCGUUUGUCGUGCUCGGUGUUAUCGUUUUCUUCACAAAUUAUGGCUGACACUUCUGAGAACAAGCCACCUCAAGAAAUUAAGCAACAAACACGUGCAUCUUCAUCUAAAGUUAAUGUUGCUGUUCAGUCGACCGCGACUCCUGUAAGAAAAGAAGAAGCAAAAACUAAAGUAACUGAUGGUAAAAAUAAUAAGCAGGAAUGUCAGGCGACUACGUCUUCAGCAACGAAACCGAAUCAAGUACUUAAAAAACCGGGUGAAGAUAUUUUACGAAAAUCGACUUCCGAUAGAGCUUCAACUUCAAAAGUGACUACAAGCGAAGGCGGCAAUGCGGCCACGAUCCAAAUAUGGAUAGAGGAUAGAGAAGCCACUCGGGGUCCUGUGCACUUGCGUAUUUCCCGACAAGCAGUAAUGGGCGAACUAAGACGUGAGGCAGAAAGAUCGCUGGGCUUGGCAGGUGCUUUGCAGCGCUGGAUAGUGGGGCGCGCUUUGUGCACGGAUGAUCAGACACCACUCAUAUCCUUAGCGGGGCCUAAUCUCUCCGCCCCAUUCUACUUAUGCGUAGUAGCAUCAGAAAAUAAUGCAGGAGCUCCUGGAACAACUGACUUUACUCGAAACGAUAGCAAAGCUCCUGUUGAAGUUGACGAUGCCAAAAAAGCUAGCGGCGAUGUUUAUUCAGAAUUAGUGCAAUUGGAGCACCGUGCCCUUAUCGUUAACACUGAGCCUUUCGAAUGUGGCGUAUGUAUGGAAGAAUGUGCGGCUGCCGGUGGAGCUGUGCUGAGAGAAUGUGUCCACACAUUUUGCAGAGACUGUUUAUCUGAUCUCGUGCGACACUGCGAAGAGCCUCAAGUGUCCUGCCCUGCAAUGGGGUGUCCCGGAACAUUGCAAGAACGAGAAAUUAGGUCGCUAGUAACGCAAGAAGAAUACGAGCGUUGGCUAGCACGAGGUUUGGCAGCAGCGGAAAGUGGAACGAAAAAUGCAUUCCAUUGCCGCACGCGCGAUUGUACUGGAUGGGCACUUUGCGAUCCUGGUGUACGGCGGUUUCCAUGUCCUGUGUGCAAGCACACUAAUUGUGUACCCUGUCAGGCUAUUCACGAAGGCGAAACCUGUGAGCAGCACCGCGCAAAGGUACAAGAAAUUGCUUCAUCGGCAUCUUCGGGCCAAACCGAUGAAGGCACUCGUGCUUUACUGGAUACAUUGAUCGCAAAGGGUGAAGCCUUGGAGUGUCCGGAAUGUAGUGCUAUAAUUACUAAGAAAUGGGGUUGUGACUGGGUAAAAUGUUCUGCUUGUAAAACAGAAAUAUGUUGGGUGACUCGAGGCCGCCGUUGGGGGCCUGGAGGCAAGGGAGACACUAGCGGAGGUUGCCGUUGUGGCGUCGAUGGCAAGAGGUGCCAUCCUUCGUGCGGUUACUGCCAUUAGUUGUCAAUUCACUUAUAAGCGUAUAUUUAAAUCUAUUCAUUUAUAAAGAUUGUGAAAAUAAUUCAUAUUUGUAAUCAAUCAAAUAAAAUGUUUAAUCUCUCAAA